AUGAACCUGACGGAGUUUAAUCAGUCUGAUCGCUGUGAGCAUUUCUCCUGUCCAGAGAGAUCUGUAUCUCCUGCAGUUUAUAUCUUACUGUACGUGUGUUCAGCUGCUGUGGUUCUGCUAACAGUGUGUGGAAAUCUGCUUGUCAUUGUCUCUGUUUUUCACUUCAAGCAGCUUCACACACCGACCAACAUGCUUGUGUUCUCUCUGGCUGUGUCGGAUUUCCUCGUUGGCACUUUAGUGAUGCCGCCGGUGUUAAUCUGGAUGAUCGAAUCAUGCUGGAUUUUUGCGAGAGGUUUCUGCAUCUGCUUUUUGUUGGCUACUGGUUUCCUAAUGAUCGUAUCCAUCUAUAAUAUCGCUCUGAUCGCUAUGGAUCGGUAUUUGGCUCUCUCAAACCCUUUUCUCUACAUAAACACAAUCUCUAGGAGGACUAUGUGCACUGUGGUUUCUUCUAACUGGUGUGUAUGUCUAGUGUAUAGCUCACUGAUCUGUUAUUUCAAUGGAAACUUCACAAGUUCUGUAAUGUGUCCUGGAGAGUGUUUUUACAUUCUGAAUGAGGUUUGGUCUGUAAUUGAUCUCGUAUUUUCAUUUAUAUUUCCACUCUCUGUCAUAAUCAUAUUGUAUACUCGAGUUUUUGUGAUUGCUAAGAAACAUGCCUCUGCUAUCAGAGAGCUUAAUAAUCACACACGGCCUAAAACGCAAAAAAUCACAUCAUACUCGAUGAAAUCUGAGAGAAAAGCAGCUAAAGUCCUCGGCAUUUUAGUUUCUGUGUUUCUGAUGUGUUUACUUCCAUAUUUUAUUUACAGUUUGUUAAGUGAUAUUAUUGAACCACAGAUAGAAACUAUUCAGAAAGUUAUGACCAUGCUUACUCUUAAUUCCACCAUUAAUCCUGUUAUUUAUGCUCUGUUUUACCCGUGGUUUAGGAAGUGCUUUAAAUUAAUUAUAACUCUGCAAAUAUUUCAAAUAGACUCUGCAUUAAUAAAUGUUCUUUCAUGA